AUGUACCGUCCAGAAGGAGGUGAGAAACCAACACCUAUCAAAAUCACUCUCCCUGAUGGCAAACAGUUCGACGCUGAAGCGUGGAGGACGACGCCUCUGCAGAUCGCUGAGAAAAUUUCCAAGGGAUUGGCAGAGAAUACCGUGAUUGCUAAAGUCAAUGGAGAUGUGUGGGAUCUUGAUCGGCCGUUCGAGGGCGAUGCCACGUUACAUCUACUCAAAUUUGAUGACGAUGAGGCAAAGCAGGUGUUCUGGCACAGCUCAGCUCAUGUUCUUGGAGAAGCGAUGGAACGGUAUUGUGGCGGACACCUGUGCUAUGGGCCUCCUAUUGAGGAGGGUUUCUACUACGAUAUGUGGCACGAUAAUCUAACCAUCAGGCAAGAAGACUUCCCUAAUAUCGAUCAAAUUGUGAAGUGCGCCAUCAAGGAUAAACAACCGUUUGAACGGCUGGAAAUGACGAAAGAGGAUCUCUUAGAGAUGUUCAAGUACAACGAGUUCAAGGUUCGCAUAAUCAAGGAGAAGAUCAAUACUCCGAAAACCACUGUGUACCGUUGUGGACCGCUCAUCGAUCUUUGCCGUGGCCCACAUGUGCGGCACACGGGCAAAAUCAAGGCUAUGCAAAUCACGAAAGCGUCGUCUUCGUACUGGGAGGGAAAAGCAGAUGCUGAAAGUUUGCAGCGGGUUUACGGAAUCUCGUUCCCGGAUCCGAAGCAGCUGAAAGAGUGGCAGAAAUUCCAGGAAGAGGCCGCUAAACGCGAUCAUCGGAAGCUGGGUCGCGAUCAAGAGCUGUUCUUUUUCAACCCUUUGUCGCCUGGAUCAGCCUUUUGGUAUCCGAAGGGUGCUCAUAUCUACAACACUUUGGUGAACUUUAUCCGAAAAGAGUAUAGGAAACGUGGUUUUACUGAGGUAAUAACGCCAAAUAUGUACAACAGCAAACUAUGGGAGACAUCAGGGCAUUGGCAGCACUAUUCGGACGACAUGUUCAAAUUCGAAGUAGAAAAAGAGCAGUUUGGGUUGAAGCCCAUGAAUUGUCCUGGCCAUUGUCUGAUGUACAGCCAUCAGCCACGUACUCAUAACGAGCUACCAAUAAGAUACGCUGACUUUGGUGUACUACACAGGUAUGCAAAACGAGAUGUCAGGUGCUCUGACGGGCUGAUUCGUGUGCGACGUUUCCAACAAGACGAUGCCCACAUAUUUUGUCGCAGGGAUCAAAUUUGGGAUGAAAUCAAGGGAUGCCUAGACUUCCUGUCCUUCUGUUAUGAAAAAGUAUUUGGGUUCACGUUCAAGCUGAAUCUCGCUACGCGCCCUGAAGGGUUCCUUGGAGAGCUCUCGACAUGGGAUGAAGCCGAAAGUGAUCUCAAAGCUGCAUUGAACGAAAGUGGAAGGCCUUGGAAAUUGAAUGAAGGAGAUGGCGCGUUUUAUGGACCUAAAAUCGAUAUCAGUAUUCAAGAUGCAUUAAGACGUAAUCAUCAGUGCGCAACGAUUCAGCUCGAUUUCCAAUUGCCUCAGCGAUUCGACUUGAGUUACUUCGAUGAGAAGGGUGAAAAGCAGCGACCUGUGAUGAUUCAUCGUGCGGUGCUGGGAUCUGUCGAGCGAAUGGCAGCUAUUCUAACGGAGAAUUAUGGUGGAAAGUGGCCGUUCUGGUUAUCUCCUCGACAAGCAAAAGUCAUCACUGUGCAUGAGUCGGUGAACUCCUACGCUAGACAGGUCAAAGAAAAAUUGUACAAUGCAGGUUUUGAGGUCGAGUUCGAUGAAGGCUGUCCAGAUACUCUGAACAAACAAAUUCGAAACGCACAGCUUGCUCAAUUCAAUUUCAUUCUCGUGGUUGGACAAAAAGAAGUUGAACAUGGCACUGUGAAUGUUCGCACGAGAGACAACGCGGUACGAGGUGAAGUUAGCAUUGAUGAUCUGCUGGCAAAAUUCCGACGCUUUGCCGACGAAUACGUAAAGGAUACGGAAAAUGCUGAAGAAUUUUCGAAGGGAAUAUCUUCAAACGGCUCGGAGUGA